AUGUCGAAAGAUACAAACAUGCCAGCAGCAUAUAUCCUUUCUUCCUCAGAUGGCCCUGGGACUCAAUUAAUUUCUUGCAAGCUCAAUGGCAGAAAUUAUAACACCUGGUCACAAGCAAUGCAGACUGCGUUACAGGCUAAGAACAAACUCGGCUUUAUCGAAGGCAGAACGAAGAACUGCAGAACUCGGUGGCUGGGGCAAAGAAUGCCAAAAUUCUCUAGGAUGAUCUCAGGGAACGAUUCUCGCAAGGACAGGAAAUCGGUCUCUGAAUAUUACUCCAAAUUGAAGAGUUUAUGGGAUGAACUGGAGUUGUACCUUGACUUGCCGGCAUGUACUUGCGACGCUGGUGCCCAAAUUGCUGCCCAAAAGGAGAAGGGGAAGGUUCAUCAGUUUCUAAUCGGCCUCAACCCCGAUUUCUCCACUAUUCGGUCGCAAAUCUUGAGCAUGGAUCCUCUGCCGAACGUCAAUAAGGCGCAUUCGAUGGCUGCCCACGAUGAAGCUCAGCGAUUGAUCGCUCAAAGGAGAGAAUCCCACUCUGAAAUGAUGGGUUUUGCAGCCAAAGUUGCGAUCGAUUCUGGCGGAAGCAACCCUAAUUUCGGUCCCAACCGAGGCGAUUUCAAGCCUCGAGGUCGCCCAUUCUGCGAUUUUUGUGGGCGAAAUGGCCACCACCGAGCCUCCUGCUACCAGCUCCACGGAUACCCGACCUCCGAUCAAGCGAACCAACGAAGCUCGAGAGGCUAUUCGUCAGGGCAAUCUCAGAUGCGUGGAGGAGGAGGAAGCUUUGGGUCAUCCUCUGUUCAGCAGAUGCGUGGAGGAGGUAUCGGGUUCGGUUCGUCUAAUUCUGGGCAAUCGGGUAAGUUUUAUUCAGGCGGGUCAUCUCAGACACGCUCGGCCCAGAUGAGUCGUGGGCAGUGGAAGCCCAACCAAACAGCCCAACAUAAUCAGUCGGCCCAACUGUUUUCUUCCCAGAAUUCUACAGGCCAUAUGGCAGGUCAGGCCCAGGCCCACAGCGAACAGGCUGAUCUCAACAAAUUGGCUCAUCUCUCUGAGGCCCAAUUACAACAGCUGGUUUCCUUGGUUUCACGAGACGAUGGUGAGGCUCACCGUUUAAGUGGUGAGAAUUUUAUGCACAUUGCCUCACAACUCGAUUGGAUCAUUGAUUCGGGAGCAUCAUGUCAUAUGACCGGUAGCUUGGAUAGUCUUUCUGACAUCGUUCCAAUUAAUGAUGGUCCAAUUAUCCAUGUUCCGAACGGAACAACAAAAGCCACUUUUGUUGGGAAGGACCGUACCUCGGGGAGCACGAUUGGAGUGGGUAAACUUCACGGGGGGGUCUGGCUUCUGCGACAAGUGUCUUCUUCGCUUCAGAAAGCACAGGCGAUGAAAGCAGAUACUGAGGACAUUUGGCACAAUCGUCAUGGGACAUGGUGGCAACUUGACAGUAUAGGAGCUCCCGGCUGGCCAUCGCCCUCCCACUUCCCAUGCGUUGAUGUUGCCAUCUGA